GGUGCCACCGCUGACUCCGGUGCCACCGCCGACUCCAGCUCCGCCGCCGCCUCGCGACGACUACCGCCGCCCCCUGCCCUGCAGCCGCUGCCAUCGCCACCGCCUGUUUCGUCGCCGCCUCGGGACCGGCUGUAUGAUUAGGCCACAAUCUUCAAUGAGUAAACAUAUUCCUCAGUUCUGUGGUGUUCUUGGUCACACAUUUAUGGAGUUUCUGAAGGGCAGUGGAGAUUACUGCCAGGCACAGCACGACCUCUAUGCAGACAAGUGAACUGUAGAAACUUGUUACUACUCCACCAAGAAACCCCCAUAAGAGUGGUUAACCUGGACACAGAAGUGUUGAAUUGAAAUCCGCAGAGCAUUUUACAAGAGUUCUGACCUGGAUGGGGUAGACCUCAGUGCACUUCUUUUAUAUUGCCUCAGUAUUACUGGAUUGAAGAAUCGCUGCUUCUUGUUAGGAGGUUCAUUUCAUUUCCCAUUACUUCCAGCUUCAUACUCAAAGCACUGAGAAUUUCAAGUGGGGUAUAUUGAAGUAGACUUCGGUUUCUUUACAUCGUUUCUGUAUUCAAUUUUUUAAAUUCUUUCAUAACCCUUUUGAGUGUUUUUUAACUAAAUUAACAUGGCUCGAAUGAACCGCCCAGCGCCUGUGGAAGUCACAUACAAGAACAUGAGAUUUCUUAUUACACACAAUCCAACCAAUACAACCUUAAGCAAAUUUAUAGAGGAACUUAAGAAGUAUGGAGUUACCACAGUAGUAAGAGUAUGUGAAGCAACUUAUGACACUGCUCUUGUGGAGAAAGAAGGCAUCCAUGUUCUUGACUGGCCUUUUGAUGAUGGUGCACCACCAUCCAACCAGAUUGUUGAUGAUUGGUUAAGUCUUGUAAAAAUUAAGUUUCGUGAAGAACCUGGUUGCUGCAUUGCUGUUCAUUGUGUUGCAGGUCUUGGGAGAGCUCCAGUGCUUGUUGCCCUAGCACUGAUUGAAGGUGGAAUGAAAUACGAAGAUGCAGUACAGUUCAUAAGACAAAAGCGGCGUGGAGCUUUUAACAGCAAGCAACUUUUGUAUUUGGAGAAGUACCGUCCUAAAAUGCGGCUGCGCUUUAAAGACUCCAAUGGUCACAGAAACAACUGUUGCAUUCAAUAAAACUGGGGUGCCUGAUACUAUUGCCUUGGAAGUGGAACUUGAGAGAGGAAGGAUCUAAUUUGUCAUACAUAUUAGCCAACGUGUUGGUGAAUAAGUUUAAUGAAGCUUCCAUAGGAAUAUUGAAAAGCAGUUUUACCAUGCUAUGAGUUUGUCAGAAUUGCAGCCUCUAUGUUUGGGUUACAGUCAACCUAUUUGGACACUUAGCAAAAGAUCCUUGCUGGUCAGCUUUUAAAAUGGGCUUAUCAUUCGUAACAAUUGACCUUUCCUGAAAUCAUGUAGUAUUGAGUUAUAAGUCUUCCUUCAAUCUUUUCCCAUGCCAAAAUCUUAUCAAUACGUAAAAAAUUUAAAGAGAUUAGGUGCCAAAAUACCCAGCACAAUACUUGUAUUAUAUUUUUAGUAU